AUGGCAUCGGCCCAGGCUUCAGGAGAGCCACGACGCCGUGGACGUCGGCCAGGCCCAACCUCACAGGCAAAGCCAGAGCCCAGUGACGAGAGCUUGGAGAAACGGCGGCAGCGGAACCGCAAGGCACAGCGGCUAUUCCGUCUACGGCGGCAAGCUGCUCAUGCAAACUAUGAGAAGAACAUGGUCCAUAUAGAGGGGGCCCUUGAGCAGAUGGCCGGGACGUUUCUUGAUUUCACAAACGGCAUCCUCCAGUCGCCGCUGAUAAGACAGGAUCCUGCCCUCGUCUCCAAGCUGCAGUCUGCAACUAACAGCAUAUUGCAUCUAUGCCAAGGAGGUAGCCUGGAGGGCAGCCCCCAGAGCAACCAGGAGAUCAACGACGAUAUCGAUACUUUUGAAGGACGGCCUCCGAGCAGCUCUACCAGCGAUGACGCCGAGUUUCAACAGACGUAUCAUGGAAGCAAGGAGCCUUCUCAAACACUGGACGGCAUGCUCCUUGAUUUUCAUUCCCUCAACCAACCGACACCUGUCCUUCAGCCUACUUCUCAACCUCCUCCUCAACCUACUCUCCAACCUGGCAAUAUUGCAUCGACCGCUCGAUACAACCCAUUUAUCAAAUCACAUUCGUCACCGAUUGGGAAUAUCUUCGGCAAUGGCUUUAUGAGCCUACCACCCAUUAAUUUUGCGGACUGCGCUACAACCGACUAUAUGCUGCACACAUAUCCAUCUGAAGAGUCCUUUAGCAUCAUGAUCACCAGAGCUUCUCUGCAGCACGCGUAUGACUCUAUCCUCAGCGACACAUACGCCACUUCCGCAGCUGUCGACAGAAUAUUUGGCUUCACUCUCAAGUUUCGAUCGCGCGAAGAAAUCCUCAUGGUACUGCGCUGGUACCUGAGACCUCAGACGUCGGAGAUUUCCAGAUUGGCCACGGCCGAGUUUGACGACUACUUGGUGGCUCAGUACUAUCACGGAAUCGCCACAGCUCAGUAUUCGGGCAUUGAUGGAGUCUUUGACGGAGGCUGCUUGGAUCCUUCCAACGGCAGAGCUUCUUCUCCUUCAAACCAAAGCCGGAUUUUGAAUUCCUAUCAGAUUGAGCAGUGGCUGUUAGCUUGUGGUAUGAAAUAUCUUGAUUUUGAUACAAUCGAGCUGAAAGAAAUCAAGCCGGUGGGCAGGCUGCUAAAUAAUCAACCGCCCGACACUUCAGAGGAACUGAUGCAGCCAUUUGUAGCAUUACAACAAACACAACAGCAGCAACAACAUGUGCCUCUCCAAAGUGUUCCCAGGAUAGAGAUUCAGCCACCGGCGGAUAUAGAUUCAGAAGGCAAGAUAGGGAAUAUUCGUCUAUCAAGAUCACGAUUAAUACAUGUCUUGAGAGGAAUUUCCUUUUGCAUUGACAAGGGGCCAGCAUAUUGCGAAAGAGCCGUUCUGGAGUCGGUUGUCAUAGCAAUGCAUGCCGACAACUAGAUUUUUGUUUUGUCAUACCGCUGUGUUGCCCUUCAAAGCUC